AAUUGUACAACCGGCCGCCGCUCUCUGCAGAAAUCGGUUAGAUCAGUAUUUGAAUCCGGUUAUCUUUGAGCAAUGGCUGUCGCUUUUCACGAUCUCGGCUCAGCUGCUGGCCUGAAGAAGCUUGAUGACUACCUUUUGUCCCGCAGUUACAUAUCUGGCUAUCUAGCUUCGAAGGAUGAUCUCACCGUGCUUGCUGCACUCCCAAAGGCUCCAUCGUCUGACUACGUGAAUGUGUCGCGAUGGUACAACCAUAUCGAGGCCUUGUUGAGGAUUUCUGGAGUUUCCGGCGAAGGAUCUGGUGUGACCAUUGAGGGCUCCGCUCCAGUUUCCGAGGCUAUUGCCACUCCACCAGUUGCAGACACUAAGGCCUCAGUUGCUGAGGAUGAAGAUGAUGAUAGUGAUGUGGAUUUGUUUGGUGAGGAGACUGAGGAAGAGAAGGCGGCCUCAGAAGCACGUGCAGCUGCCGCAAAGGCAUCAGGAAAGAAGAAAGAGUCUGGAAAGUCAUCAGUUCUGUUGGACAUAAAACCAUGGGAUGACGAGACUGACAUGAAGAAGCUCGAAGAAAUUGUUAGAGCAGUCGAGAUGGAAGGUCUAUUUUGGGGUGCAUCCAAACUAGUCCCGGUUGGAUAUGGAAUCAAGAAGCUGCAAAUUAUGAUGACCAUCAUCGAUGAUUUGGUAUCUGUUGAUACUCUUAUCGAAGAGGUUCUCACAGUUGAACCCAUAAACGAAUAUGUCCAGAGUUGUGACAUUGCAGCCUUCAACAAGAUAUAGAGCACCUGUUUUGUUCAUCGGCUAUGCAGUCGAGAUUUUUGCAACGAAGUUCCUCUAUGAUUAUGUUUUUGUUAUCGUUUCAUUUUGGUUUUAGGGUUUUGACAUAAUGUUAUCAACCUUAAUUUAUUACUCUGUUAUCUUUGGUAAUGCAGAACCUUAAUUUAUUACUUUUUUUAUUUUUUGUGA